AUUUAUUAUUUCUAUUUUUCGUUUCGCUUUACUUUUGUUUGUUUUUUUUUUCGUUCAAAUUAAAGUAAUGGGAAAUUUUGCGUUUGAUAAAGAACUGGCCAAAAGGCUAUUAGCUGAAUUUACUGGAACGGCACUUGUUUUGACACUUGGCUGUUGUUAUGCGAAAAGUGGUGGUGGAUAUGAUACGCACAGCACACAGAGUUCCUUUGCCUGGGGCCUGGCCUAUUUGACGGCUAUCCAUAUAUUUGCCAUGCUAAGCGGCGCUCAUCUGAAUCCCGCUGUCAGUGGUACUGCAACAAUUGUUGGCAUUAUGGAGUGGCAAUUGAUGCUUUGGUAUAUGCUCGCCCAGCUCCUUGGCGCCAUGGCCGGCAUUGCGCUGACUUACGCCGUUCUACAAACCUCAAAGUCUCUAUGUCUAUCGGGCAUGGAUGACAAAGUGAAUGUUUUGUCCAUCGAAUUGCUAGCCACAUUCUUUCUGCUAUUAGCCUAUUGUGCUGCUUGGGAUACUCGCAGCGAGGGAGCAUACGAAACUCUAUCGCUUCGCAUCGGAUUCAUAUUUACAGGACUAUCGUUCGCUACGUACCCAACUACCGGAUGUCAUCUCAAUUUCUUCCGUACUUUCGCGGCCGCAGCUGUCAACGGCAGUUGGGGAAUUAUCUGGCCAUAUUUAGUAGCCCAUGCGGCAGCCGCUGCUGCGGCCGGCUGUAUCUGGCGCUUCCUAUUCGCAGAAGAGGCCCCUGAACCGAUGGCCUAAGUAAUCGUAAAUAGAGCAAAUUUAUAUGU